ACGCGUACGUCACGGUGGGCGGAAGUCACGGCCGCUGUUUUGAAAUCAGGCCGCCGGAAUCUUACAAGGUCUCACGCAGAGGCCGACAGCAGCCCCUGGCCAGGAGGACCCCCGACACCUCUUUUCAGACCCCGCGGGCCUGAGGCCACAGCCGCAGCAUGUCGACCCCUCCGUUGGCGGCGUCGGGGAUGGCCCCCGGGCCCUUCGCCGGGCCCCAGGCUCAGCAGGCCGCCCGGGAGGUCAACACGGCAUCGCUCUGCAGGAUCGGGCAGGAGACUGUGCAGGACAUCGUAUACCGCACCAUGGAGAUCUUCCAGCUCUUGAGAAACAUGCAGCUGCCAAAUGGUGUCACGUACCAUACUGGAACAUAUCAAGACCGGUUAGCAAAGCUGCAGGAUCAUCUUCGCCAACUUUCUAUUCUCUUCCGGAAGCUGAGAUUGGUCUAUGACAAAUGCAAUGAAAACUGCGGAGGGAUGGAUCCCAUUCCAGUAGAGCAACUUAUUCCAUAUGUGGAAGAAGAUGGCUCAAAGAAUGACGAUCGGGCUGGCCCACCUCGAUUUGCUAGUGAAGAGAGGCGAGAAAUUGCCGAAGUAAAUAAAAAACUCAAACAGAAGAAUCAACAGCUGAAGCAAAUUAUGGAUCAAUUACGAAAUCUCAUCUGGGAUAUAAAUGCCAUGUUGGCAAUGAGAAACUAAACUGAUAUUUAAAUUUCCUGCUUUACACAUGUUACACCAUUUUUUUCCCUCAAGUAUUUUUUUCCCUUUGAACAAGAUUAUUUAUCUGUUUGCCUUCUAGUCACUAGAAUUAAAGUUCCUAUUUUUGCAUUGUGGUUUUAAAUGAAAGGAUUCAUUGGCAGUUUGUUUUAAGUUGUUGAUUCUGUGAAAGAUUAUUGUAAUAAACUUUGAUUCGGUGUGUGUUUUGGUUAAUCUUCGUGAAUUGAAUAACUUUUACUAAAAGCAAAAUAACUAAGUUUUGUAAAUAAAU